AUUUACGUGUUUUCCUUUGGUAUUCAUUGUAAAAAGAGAGUUUUUUUAAAAAACUUAUACAACUUAUCUUAACGUGUAGACAGGUAUAUUACCUGCAACGAAACUUAUAAGUUUUUUUCUUACAACUAAACGGUCCGUUUAAACUUACCGUGUAUUUUAGCCUUAACCCUUACACAGAAUAUCCCGAGAAUAUGCAUAAUUUCCAAUAGAAUAUAUAUUUCUAUUGAUUAUAAGUCUAAAAAUAUUCAAACACUAUUUUUUCGUAAUAUUUUUUCUUCGGUGUUUAGGAGUACUUUUGCAGUAAACACAAAAUACAGAUCUAUAGCUAAUGUCGUAUUACCUAGAAUUUCCUAAUUAUUGAUUGCGUAUACCCAAAAGGGUUAGCUAGAGUGGUUAUCACGAAGCAAGAAGAAGACACUAGUUCGUUAGUUAACAGUUGUAGUACUAAGUCACUAAACCAUUUUAUGAAAGGUAAGGAACAAAGAUAAGGAGUGCAUCUAUCUCAAAUAUUGAAAAUAAUUAUGAUCAUUGUCUAUGUUUUAACAUUUGUUUGAAUUGAUCAAGUGAUGAGAGAAUGUCUUCUAUUAGAUGAAGAACUUACUGAUUGUAUACAAAUCUUAGGCUGAAAGAAAAAAGGUGUUGGACGGAAUUUGGAUUUAAGACAAAUCUGGUAGGUGAGAAUCUGGAUUAAACAUUUCAAAUAACGUGCUUAGGUUGUGAAAGACUUAAAUAAUUAAUGACUAGUCAUUUCAGUAUAACAAGAAAGCAAAUGAAAAAAGAAAAUAUGUGUUAUUGUAGUUUUUAUAAGUAGCUACAGUUUACAACUUAAAUUAUAGACCCUGUUUUGCUGUGUUUUAGCUUUCAUCUCUUAUCAAGAUGCUGUACGAAGUGAUCUUACUUGUUGCAUUUGGAGCUGUGUAUAUCGUUCUAAAAACAUACGUCCUCCAUGUGUAUCGUAGCUUAAUUGGCAUGCCACCUGGACCAUUUCCUCUUCCAAUUAUUGGAAAUUUGCAUCAGUUAGGUAUCAUGGCGCACGAGCAUUUGCGCAUACUUUCAAAAAAACAUGGUGAUGUUAUGAGGAUCUUGAUUGGCUCUGAAGUUUCGAUCGUUGUAAGUGGAACAAAGGAAGUGUUGGAAGGGUUAGUUACAAAAAGCGUUGACUUUGCUGGUCGAAAACCGACGUAUACUUUGAAUUUGACCAAUACAGGAGGAAAAGGUAUAGCGUUUGCGGAUUACAGUCGUCGUUGGCAAUUCUUUCGUAAAAUGGGCCACCAAUCUAUGAAAAUGUAUGGUAGUGGAAUAAAAACAAUUGAAGAAUUGGUAACAAGAGAGAGUAGAGAACUUCACAAAAGAUUUGAUGAGCAACUUGGUGUCCCUGUUGAUUUACAUCAUGAGCUAGGUUUAGCCGUGAUGAACGUCGUAUGUGCAAUGAUCUUUGGUCACCGCUACGAAAUAAAUGAUCCAGAAUUUCAAAACUUGAUAAAAUCUAAUACACUGUUCGUGCGUGGUUUCGAAUAUGAUAGUUUCAUUGAUGUGUUUCCAAUUCUUCGCUACCUGCCAAAUAAAAGAAUAAAGACAAUCUUGUAUGGUCUAAGUUUACGCAAUCCUGUUAUAAAAAGACAUUUGCAGCAUCAUAAAGAAACAUUUGACCCUAAAGUGAAAAAUAAAAGUGAUUUAGCUUAUUCCUUAUUGACGGCACUAAAUGAAGCAGAAAAAGAGGACCAGAUUAUCAAAUCAUACCUAACUGAUGAAUUACUAAUUGCCAUGUUGGACGAUAUGGUCGGAGCUGGCUCCGAAACAACAACAACUGUUCUACGUUGGUCUGUAGUAUAUUUAGUCAAUUCGCCAGAAUCUCAAGAAAAGUGUUAUCAAGAAAUUAUGAACGUCAUUGGCAAGGAAAGAUUACCUGUGCUGUCCGACAGGUUAUCCUUGCCUUAUGUGGAUGCAUUUGUGCACGAAACGUUAAGAAUGAGCUCGAUAGCGCCCAUGUUUGUUCCACAUAAGACCACAUGCGACACGACGUUGGCUGGAUAUUCUAUCCCAAAGGAUACACAGGUUAUUUUUAACGGAUACGCAUUACACAGAGAUGAAAGACAAUGGGAAAAACCAUGGGAAUUUCAUCCUGAGCGAUUUCUUGAUGAGGAAGGAAAGUUAUUACCACCAGGGCAUCACAAGGCGUAUUUACCUUUCUCUGCUGGUCGUCGUAUAUGCUUAGCUGAAUCUUUAGCAAAGAUGGAGCUUUUUUUAGUGAUCAGUCAAAUGAUAGCUAAAUAUAAAUUUGUAAAGUCUCCAGAUCAUCCUCUACCAAGUAUGAUUGGCGUUCCAGGGUUAUUUUUAGGACCUGCUUCUCAUAAAGUUGUUAUAGAGAAAAGAAUGUGAAGAUAUUCGCACUUGCACCAGAAGCUGCAGCAAUUAAGUCUUAAGUCCGGUUUCCAUACAGUAGCUUUUCCGCCCAGUCGUAUCUUUAUUUGGUGAUUUUCUGGUCACUAGAUGUAAAUAGCAGAUAUUCGUCGCAGCAAAGUUUUAUAUUUAUUUUAUGCAGCAUGAAUAACAACGCAAGAGAGACAUGUGACAACCUCGUCAUCAUAUGCCUGAAUGUCUCUAAGGAAAAAGGUUAUUACUUUGCACCUCCGCCAUAAUAAUUUUUUUUCUACUCAGAACACUUGAUUAAUAGAUAUUUUUACUUUACGUCUGGAGGAAACAAUGUAUAUGUGGCUUAUCAAUGGCUUAUCUGAAUACAUAUUUUUAUUUAUUUCA